AUGCACCCUACGACAGCACGAUCGAGCCGAUCAUCUCUACAUCACCCUCGGUUAUCCCCGGUCCCAAGUCCAUCGGCUGCCUCGUCCGUUUAUCAACAAGCACAACGACAACAAAUUUUGUACGCUCCUAUCAGUAAACCAAUGGUGACCCUCCAGCCAUGUGGAACAGCACUUCAUCCGUCGUGCAUUUAUCCAACUGGUCAACCUCAUGUCGAGCUGUCGAAUUCUGCUGCUAUACAUCCUCAAGGUAAGAACAACCGAUGGCAGCACAGCAAGAACAAGCCGUCCCGCGGCCAGCAACACUACCAACAGCAGCAGCAACUCUCCUACCCGAAACCCAUGAUGCUCUUUGAGCAGGCUUCCACCAGCGUCGCUCCGGCGAUCCCUCCGUCCACCACGUCCUUCUUAGUAGCCUCUUCCACGUUCACCCACGGCCCCCUGCCCGGCGAGCACUACGGCAACAGUUCCGGGGUGACGCACUUGCUGCCACAGCCGUACUUCAAGCCGCCCGACAUGGCCUUCUGCCUGAUCCAGGACAGAAAUGCUCAGCAGCAGCAGUCGCAGCAACAGCCGAUGCAGGCCUCCUACUACAAUAUCUCAGCGACGAACGCAGCCUGCAGCCUGCAAACGGUGAACGCCAGCCCGUCCUUCCCGCUCGCCAGCAUCAGUCCCUACAGCAGCCUGGCGACCUUCGGCAACAAUCAGUUCCCGGCGUCGGUGCAGCCUUCUCCGCUCUUCUCGAGCUCGCCCUUAGGUCUGGUCUUCGGCCCGCGGGACAAGCCGACGCUGCCCGCAUUGGAGUUCCCGUCGUUCAAGCACAGCAGCGGGCCGCCGAGCGAGUCCCGGGUGAGCCCGAUCGGUCGGCAGGAGGGCAGCGGUUGGCCUCCCGAGGACUCGCAGGGUGACGAGAGGAGCCCGGAGCCCGGCGAGUCCUCGGCUGUCCCGGGCGUCGCGAGGACCGACGAGGAGCGCUACUCCGACGCGUCCUCGGCCAGCUUCGACUUCACCAUCGAGGCCGAGAAGAUGGUCUCCGCUCUGUGCAACACCACGUCGUCGAACGACCUGACGAAGGAGGAAUCGAGAGCCGGCGAUUCCGCGCCGCUGUACAGCGGCGCGGGAGACAACGUGUCCAACAAGACGGCUUGGUUCGCCGAGCUCUGCCCCGAGUACGAGAACGGCACGUCGAUAGGCGUCCAGACGGACGGCCCGUGCGCCGACAGGUCUCAGUACCCGGAGCUGAUCCGGAAGACGGCUUACUGGGCUUGCACCGAGGCCGAGCUCGUCCUCGGCUCGGAGCGAACGGAUCCCAGACGGGACUGGUUGACGUGCCUGUCGUCCGCCACGAAGACCGCGAUCGCCAAGUCCUCGACCUGUAUCCCGGUCUACGCCGGGGACCGGGUCUUCGCCGACGACCUCAUAAACGCGCUGCUGCGCAUCAGCAACGGCUGGCUGAGCCUCGACAACUAUCUGAACAAGCAGCACUUCCCGAACCUGCUGGACCGGCUGGAGCCCGAGUUCGUCGCGCGCUUCCACACGUGGCAGGAGAGCACGCACGAGCUCCUGAAGCAGAUAGUGAGGACGUUCGCGAGGCUCGGCGAGAACGAGGACGUCGAACGCAAAGAGGUCUCCUCCUCCUCGUCGUUCCCGGGCGACGUCUCGCUCUACACGAAUCGCGACCUCUUCGCACCCCCUCGCUCCCUUCUUCAGCAGCGGAGAAGCGAGAAAACGGGCUCUCGGGGAAGCCCGAUGCGCGACGAAACGCGGGGCUUCCGGCAGGAACAGCACUCGGCGAGCCACAAGGAGAGCAAGCUGAGAAGCAAGUGGACGAUCACCGAGAAUCUCUCGUCCGUCGUCAGCAGCGCGAACAAGUUCCGCGGCAAGAGGUUCGCGCAGAAGUCGCUGAACGCCGAGUUCUGUCAGCUGAGGGACAAGGUGAUGGAGGGCAACGCGCCGAAGGACAGAAGGCAGGCCUUCGACAACGUCGAGUCCGUCGGAUCGCAGAGCUGCGCGUCCUUCGCCGGCCCCCUCAACCCGGCCGUCCUCACGUGCGGUGGUUACCCGUUAUCCGUGAACGAGUACCCCAGGAACGCCGAGCAGUUUCGCGGAGUCAAGAGGAACGCGAGUCCAGUUUACGUCGCAGGCAGGUCGCAGGCCGAGCAGAUCGAGCUGCCGGCAGUGCCCAGAAGCAAGGUGACCCUGCUCAGCCAGAUCGAGCCGAGGGCCUUCGACAAGGAGUCCAAGGAGAUGGCGGCCAACCUGUCGGCCUGGUUCGCCAGCAUGCGGAACGCCCCGAGCGUGUCGGCGAGCUUCGAAGAGGCGAGCGAGGAGCCGGCGCAGCGACUGUUCGCCAAGCAGGAGGUGCCCAGGUAUUCGUCGGCGAGGCAGCAACCGCAGGUGGACGCGAAUCGGCAGUACCAGGCGCUGCAGAACCUGCCGAACAUACAGAGCACACCCUGGGCCGCGUGCAACUUCGUCAGCGGCCUUCGUCCACGGGCGCAACACGCGGCGGAGGAGUACGACAGCUCGGAGGACGUGCGGGUCUACAUGAAACCGGGCAGCUACAACGUGCCGAAGAAGAGGCAUCAGAGGAGGUCCGGUCGCCGGGCGGACAAUAACGCGAGCAACCAUCGCAACGGCAACAAGACGAGGAACGUGACGAUACCCGCGUCAUCGACACCCCUGUCGCAUCUGAACGCGCCGCCGGCCGCCAAUAUCGGCAACAGCACGCUGAUCAAGACCUCCUUCCCGUCGGCCUCGCAGCUGCCCGCUCCUCUCUUCAGUCUCGAGAAUUCGCCCGGGAUCCUGAAACGCGCGGAAUCCCUGUCCCGGGAUGCUCAUCGGGACGUCACGUGGAAGGCAGCCUGCGCCUCGGCCGAGAUACUUCUCGAGGCGCUCAACGUCAAGGACUGCGCCGGCACGUCCAGGAAGAUCGACCGCAGCGCCGAGAAGAACGAAGAUGACGAUGCUGGUGGAGCGUUGACGUCGCACCGGGCCGAUCCGAAGCGCACCGACGUCGACUCGUCCUACGAAGCCUCGGAAGAUGAUUCCGGCUCCACCUGCAGACUGUCGCCCAGCACGAGCGUCGUGUCGAUCGAGCAGUCCUGCGACAAUGAGAACGAAAAGACAUGUUCAACAGCUCUCAGUACGAGAACGAACGUCAAGACGGACUCCUGGCUGAUAAGGACUCUCAAUAACGCGAGCAUCGUCGGCAAACGACGCAGCGUGGAUCGACGGAGUUCCGGGUCUUCGAACAGCUCGGUGAUCACGGAUGCAAAGCCGAAUCCGAUUACGUCAUCGUCGACCGCGGAUUCGAAGAUUCCGGCGGCGAGCAUCGACAGUGAAUACCCGGCCAUCUUUUCUCGCGAACACAUCUCGCGUUCCCUCCGAAUCAACGACGAGACGUCGGCGAAGGAGUCGGAGGGCUACGUUGGAAGAGCCACGUACUCGGAAACGGUGCGAAGAUCCAUCAGGUCGGACAACGCGCAUUCGAGCAGAAAGGAGUCGUACAAGGCGUGCACGGCCGGUGCAUCGGCGAGCUGCGGUGCGCAGGUGGUACCGAUCCCCGGUCGGAAGUGUCAACGGAAAGACCCGGAACAGUCUUACCAGCUUCUGCACAAGUCGCAAAGAUCGGCCGACAAGAGAUCAGCGAGGAACAGCGCGGACGAUCUCCAGUUGGAGGAGGAAUCCUGCGCGAAAGCCGGCAGCACGAGGACCACCUACGGGAAGAAGAAGGAUUCGGAACACUCGGAGAGCAGGUGCGCGAAUAAAUCGGCCGACCGUGGCUGGUCGGUGUGGUACAGUUCGAGGAGAAAGCAGAGCCUCAGUCCUCUGGCGCUCAGCAAGCUGGAGAUGAUCCAUCGGGCUGUUUGGCAAAUGGACGAGGCGAAGAUUUUCAAGCAUCCGAUCCCGUGCGCCGACAAGGACGGCCAGCUCGCGCCCGUGGGAGCGAUCGAGAAUUACUGCAGAACCGUCAAGAGUCCGAUGUUCCUCGAGAUCGUUGACUACAAGCUGAAGAACCGAGUUUACCACAAGGUCGAACACGCCGUGAAAGAUUUCCGUCAUAUCAUUCAGAGCGCGAGAUUAUGCCAUCAGCACGACGACGAGCGAACGAAGAAAAUUGACGCGCUUUCGAAGAAGCUGGAAGACUUGCUCGAGGAACAUUUCGGUAACUGGGACUUCGGCAACAUCACCGGCAGCCCGAGAGAAGAUGCAACGGUGCGAUAUAAGACCUCCGGACAGAAAUUGAUCACAGGACGAUACGACAGUACGAAAAAGAGUGUUACUUCGUUGACCAUUGCGGAGGAGAAUGCUUUAUUUCAUUGA